UUAUUGUCUGGUAAAAAAUCAGAAGCACAGCCAUAACACGAGAGACGCGAGUCGUGAGAAGUAUGGUAGGAGAUCUCAGUGCUCAGAAAUAAAUUUCACAAUCUCUUUUUAAUCAGGUGCUUAACGAGGCACAAUCGCAAUUGCAGCCCUUGAAAGUCCAAUAUUGCCUUUGCUGCAUGCCACUUCUUUAAAUAUUGAUAUUGAAAAUGGCUGCAGCUAGCAUGUUGGUCAACGUGACCCAUAUUGACGACUCCGUUCGUGGUCGUCAAGGGCCAUGUGUUUAUUUCUGGGGUUCUACACAUGAUCGCAGUUUGUAUUUGACGAUGGAGCUGUAUCUGGAAUCCAUCAGGCAACAUUUAGAAUCGAAAGUUCCACCUAUGAAUCUUAGUGACCUGGACAGUAACGAGAUUUUUUGUGUACUCAUCAAUCACCGUUGGCAUAGAGCAACAGUACCUGAAUUGAAGUUAAACCGUACUGGAAUGCUUGAAGUCUACUGUGUUGAUUCUGGGAAAACACACACAGUUCCUCUCAUCUUCCUUCGGACUCUGGACAUUCCUGGAUAUGAAGCAGAAAACAUCCGUGACUGCCCUCCUCUUGCUAGUAAAUUCAUACUUGCUGAUGCAGUUGCUCCAUUUGGCCUUGGAACUCAUACCCGACAAUGGAGUGAUUUAGCAAUGACGUUUUUAAAAAUCCAUGUCGAAAAUGAAAUCUGGAAAGCUAUCCCCAUGGCAAUGUUUGGUGAACAUCAAGGUGUAAGGUUGUUUGAUUCGAACAAUCAGCUUCUGGCAAGUGCCCUGGUCCAACAAGGGCUAGGCGUAGCAGCUCAAUCCUACCAUGAAGCUUUAGCCAUGUGCGAGACAAUGGAAAAGCAACCUUCAUUCAUGAAACCUGCAUUCUACAGUUAUCCAGUAAUGAAAUUGUUUCCUGCUGGAUGCAACAUUUCAUCUCUAAGUGGUCCUUUACGACCUAAUUUUGCCAUCCCUUCUGCCCAACAAAACUUGCCAACGGUUUCUACUAGGACGUACGUGACCAACAAUCUUCCUCUUAAAGAACGCUAUGACGUCAUUGUCACGCAUAUUUCAGAAGGGCCUUUUCAAUUCUUCGUUCGAAUGAAGAGCGAGACUAAAAAUCUUCAAGAAAUACGCAAGCAUCUAGAUUCCAUGGCUCCAACUCCAUUUCAAGGAACGCCUCUUGGCUCGGCGUGUAUCGCGGUCUCCCCAUCUGACCAACUCUUUCAUCGUGGAUUGAUAACGGGUAUGAAGGAUUUUGGAACACCGUCCUGCAAAUACUCCGUCUUCUUCGUCGAUAUCGGAACACAGAUUCCUAUUGAUCGUGCCUUAAUUUAUGAUAUCCCAGACGAGCUCUUGGUACCGUGCCUCUGUGCAUAUCGCGUCUCUUUAUUUGGAGUGGAGAAUAUUUCGAAAUUGCCUGGUCUGAAUCGAAUUUUCGCUGCAUUGGUGAACAAAGAAAGUAAUCUCAAGGCCGAAGUUGAAGACGACGAAAGGCAGCAAAUCAGCCUGUACAUCUCUGGUCGCAGUAUAUGCGAUAUUCUUGCUGCAAUUUAUUCGAAUCCCCAGGAUAACAGUCCCAUUUCAAGUGUGACGUCAACAUCUACUCUCCUAUUGUCAACAGUUGCUGUUCCCUUUUCUGUGAUUCAGAUGCCACCUUUGAAUUUGGCUGCGGAGGAGAGCGUUUUUGUUACUGACGCUGGAACGUCUGGCUAUUUUUUUGGGCAGCUUGAGGAAAUAAGGCUACCAAAUUCAAAGACAGGAUGCGGCCUUAAGGAUCUCAACGAUUUGGCUGAUGAGCUUAAAAAUGCUUAUUCUACUCAAGCGAAUCCUCCCCUUCUAUAUGCUGGUAGCGAAAGUCGAUUGGGCCACCAUGGAGUUGUUAUUUGGGAAGAAGAUGGUGUAUACUAUCGCGUCCGAGUAACAAAGGAAAUGGGAAACGAGGCCGAAAUACUAUUUAUCGACUUCGGAAAUACCAUUGUUGUACCACGCAACACAAUUCUGUCACCCAUAAAAUCUUUGACUCGCUUCUGCCAUCCGCCGUAUGGAAUUCAUUGCAAGCUGGAAGAAGGCGUGGCUCUUCCCUCCCAGAAAUGGAAGCAUCUCAUCGUGGAUCGAUGGAUUAAAGUGAAGAUCGGACGUUGUGUGGAAGGGAUAUACUCAGUCACAUUCACUAGUGAUCUAGGCAAUGGCAUCAUUGCCACGAAAAUUCAGAAUGCUGUUUCUAGACCGAAUGCCGUAGAACCUGUUAACAAACAGAAAAAACAGGCAGAAUCUGCUGUUCUAGAAUCGGUGGCCAAAAUUCUGACUUCGAUCCCAAUCAGUGAUGACCGCCUUAUCAAGAGUAGCAACAACGGAAAUUUCUCGGUAACGAUCAAAAAUAGUCCGUGUAUUGACGAGAAAAUUUCGGAAACUACUGUUAUCGAAACGGAUAAGCGUUUGUCUCAACCGGCCUUUAUUGAAUCUGAUCUUCCUCGCGACCUUCGCAAAAUUGACGAUGGGUCUAAUCAAGACAACGUCGAGACGGAAGCUAAGGAAACGAAUUUGCUGGAACCGGAAAUUCUACCUCAAACAAGUGAAAUGGAACCAUUAAGCAAGGAACCAGAAUUCAGUUCAAAGCUUAUUCCUGGUCCAGUUAGUACCUGUACAACUAUUCCAAAACAAUCCAGUUCGGUUGACAACGAGAUACCAAAAGUUUUGAAUCAAGAAGAGAAACAGGAACUGACUGAAAACCUCCCAGCUGUAAAAUCCGACAUUGAGGCAGCAACUCAAGAACUCAAGAAAGUUAAUGAUGCAUCAGGGCGCUUAAGGCCGUUAACAUCUCACCAACAGCAGUUGAAUUAUCCAGAAAAAAUCGAUGUUCCGAUAAAUCAGCAAGUUGAAGUUGUUUAUGUAAACGACCCGUCGAGUUUCUACCUUCAGCUGUUAGAAUCUUGCACCGUCCUUGCACAAUUAGGAACCAAUCUCAACACAGUUUAUUCCGAUGAAUCCAAACCUUCAAUUGUAGAUCCGAAGGUCGGCUUGGCAUGCGUGGUUCAAUACGAAGAAGACAACGGAUGGUAUCGCGGACAAAUUAUAAAAUUCUGUGAUCCUCUGCGAGCCACUGUUCUUUUCGUCGAUUAUGGAAACACGCAACUUGCCCCUGUCGAACAAAUCAAAUGCAUUGACGAAGAAUUCAUAAAGCUACCUCCACUUGCGUAUCACUGCAGGCUGGAUGGAGUAGACGCUUCUCGCGAUUGGACAGCAGAAGAAAAGAAGAAGUUUGAAGGACGUACUAUGGGAAAAUUAUUUUCAGCGACUUUCACUAUUCGAGAUUCCGAAGGCAAAUAUCCUGUGCGAUUGGUGGAAGAAACAAAGAAAGCAAACAUUGCCAUUAACGAGGAAUUCGGAGCGCCAAAUUUCACCAACAUCCCACCACCCAGUUCUGGGUAUACAAGUCGCAGUGUUCCUGAUAAACCAAUCAGUGUCAUCGUUAGUUGUUGUGUUGAUCCAUUUCGAUUCUAUCUAAGUCCUAUUGACGAUGCGUAUCAGAACGAACUGGAGGAACUUGAAAAGUUCUAUUCAUCGCUUUCUCCUAAUGAUUUGCACGAGGAUCAGCCCAGUUUAGGAUUACCUUGCGUUGCUCGUUUCGCCGAAGACGGUCGUUACUAUCGUUCGCAAAUCCUCAGUAUUGUUGAUGAUAAUGCUGACAUUCUUUUUGUUGAUUAUGGAAAUCAACAGAAGACUCCUCUGUCUGAAUUAAAACGAAUAACCCCAUGCUUCAUGGAAUUUCCGCAAAUGACCUGGCAGUGUAAAUUAAAAGGGGUGAAGAAGGCCAGCCCGAUCUGCCCCGAUUUUCAGAAACACAUCGACACAUGCUUUGCAACUAAUGAGGAGCUUUCUGCUUUGUUUCAUCCUUCAAGUCCAGGCGAGAACAAUGGAGUCUUUGAAGUGGAUUUAACUGUUCCUAAAAUUGGCGAUGCUUCCCAGUAUUUGAUCGAAAAAAAUGUCGUUGAACGUGUAUCGCUGGAAGCAGAUGUGGAAUUGGCUGCCCAAGAUGUGAACUUUUCUCCACAGCAAAUCAUUUCUACCAAUGCUAUCACUUUGUGUUUCAAAUCACCAGCCGAAUUUUGGGUUCAAUUUGAUCCGAGUUCCGUGAAUGAUUUCAUGGCACGCUUAGACAAACUGGCUCUCGAUCCUCAGUUUCUCAACAAAAAGGACUUCAUUCCCUCCGUUGGCAAACCUUGUUUGGCUUUCUACGAGGUCGAUAACCGUUGGUACCGCGCGAAGGUCGAAGCCGUCAACGAAGACUGUGUCACGAUCUUCUAUGUUGACUACGGAAACAGUUGCGACGUGAAGACCUGCGAUUUGCGUGGAUUACCCAAGGAAUUUGCGCAACAACCGGCCCUGGCUUUUAAAUGUUGCCAGGAUGGCUCCGAAAAUUUUUCAGAAACCGCCUCGAAGUUAUUUGAAGAAAUCGUCAUGGAUUUGGAAAGCUUUUCUGUCAAGUUCUUGAAGUUGGUCGAUGGAGUUCUAUGCGUUCGACUCUCUCAUGGUGAAAGUGAUCUUUGUGAACUCUGCAGCCCAUUUGAAACUGAACCUUUACCCGAAGAGCCAAUUAUAUCUGGCGCCGUGGUUCAAGCUGAAUCGUUAGUUCAAGAUGUUGCUGUCACAAACAACCUAGCCGUCAAUGAUGUUUUUGGAACUCUUCUACUGUUUUCUGAAUUUACCAGUCUUCCUGUUUCGGAAACACCGAUGGAAGUCUGUGUCUCUUGGUUUUAUAAUCCUGGCCAAUUUUUCUUAAGCCCCGUAAACCUCUCGAAAUAUCAGAACUGCUUGGAGGAGCUUGAAAAAUUCUAUUCGUCACUUUCUCCCGAAGAGUUUAUGGAGGAGCAACCCAGUCUAGGGUUACCUUGCGUUGCCCGCUUUACAGAAGAUGAUCGCUUCUAUCGUUCUGAAAUUCUGACGAUUCGUGGCGAAAUCGCUGAGCUUCUUUUUGUGGAUUUCGGUAAUAAACAAACCACUCCUCUGUCGCAGGUGAAGCGCAUGGUCCCACGCUUCUUGGGGUUUCCCAAAUUGGCAUGGAACUGCAAACUAGAAGGAGUAAAAAAGAUGACUAUUUUCUCCAUCAAUCCCGAAGCAAAAAAAUAUCUUGCCGCUUGCUUUUUAACCGGGGAAACAGUUACUGCUACAUUUCACUCUACAGGUUCAGAUGGAAACAAAGGGUUUUUUGAAGUGGAUUUGGCUGUUCCCGAGAUAGGCGAUGUCUCCCAAUAUUUAAUUCGAAACAAUAUCCUAGAACGUAUUUCACAUCCGAAAUUGCCUGCCCAGAAUCUAGAAUUCGUUUCGAAUCAAAUAAUUUCUACCCAUGCUGUCGCCUCUUACAUCAAAUCUCCCACUGAAUUUUGGGUUCAGUUAGAUCCAGUAUCAUUGGAACUCAUCGCGGAUCUUAUUGAUAAAUUGGUCCUUGAUCCCGCCUUCACCAACGAAAAUAAUUUCACCGUCUUCAAAGGCAAACCUUGUUUGGCAUUCUUCCCUGAUGACCAACGCUGGUACCGCGCUACAGUUGAGGCUGUAAACGGAGACACUGCCCAAGUCUUCUAUUUCGAUUAUGGCAACAAUUGCGCCGUGAAAAUGUCCGAUUUGCGUCAAUUACCUAUUGAAUUGAGCAAACAGGCAGCUCUGGCUUUUAAGUGUUCCUUGGAUGGAAGUAAAGGUUUUUCUAAGGAUGCCAUCACCGCUUUUGAGACUCUCAUGUUUGGACUUCCUGCGUUUAUCAUUGAGUGCUUGCAUGUCAUCGACGGAGUCCUUCGCGUUCGUCUCUACUCUUCUAGUGGGAUAAACCUUAUCAAGCAACUCAGCAGCGGAAAAUUGUCUCUGCCACCAAUACCGGAAGAAGAAUCAGUUGAAUCGAUCCCAGAAGUUGUAUUCACUGAAUUGGAAGGAAAAAUAAGCUACUAUUCUUCCAACAUUUUCUGGUUCCAUCUUGAAAGGAAUAAAGUUGAAAUGAAGGAAAUGGAGGACCAACUAAAUCAACUGUGCAAAAGAGACGCCAAUUUCUUUUCCGACAAACAUAAGCCAAAGAAUAACCUGAUCUACGGAAUCAAACACCCCAAAUUUGCCGCCUGGCGCCGUGGACUGCUUUACAAAAUUUUUACGAAUACUGCCUCUGUUUAUUUUUUGGAUUACGGUGAUAGCCAAGUUGUCUCUUUUGCUGAAAUCUUCGCAUUACCUGAUGAGUUUCAAUGCAUUCCUCCAUUUGCGAUCCGGUGUCGCGUUAAGACUAGUUGGAAGCCAGUAGAAUUAACACCAGUUGUCUUAGAGAAACUGAAUGGAGUGUGUUUCUAUCCUCGAACUCCGUGUAAGUUGGUGUGUGGGAGAUGUGAAAAUGAUAAAGUAUCGUUCAUCGAAUCUUUUUUUCUCGGUGAACAUGAGAUUCUUGAGUUGCUUUGCACUGGUCUCACGAAGAAAGAAUGUGGACAAUCUGUUACAUUGGUCCAAUGCAUCAAUUUAAUGGGUGAGAAGGGCUGGAAGGGAGGUGAUUGGUGUUCAGGACUGAGGAGCUCGUCAGUCAUACAGUUUGUGGAUUUGUUGGGACGUUAAUAAUUCGUACCAUUUCAUUAAGAAGUUAUUCUCUUAUUAUUUCAUUUUUAUCAAGUUUAAUUAAGAAAUAUCUUGUGUGUAUUCCAUUUUUAUGUCACAUGACAAAUUGCUAUUAUGGUAAUGUCAUUCCAUUUUUAUGCCACAUGACUCAUUGCUAUUAUGGUAAUGUCAUUCCAUUUUUAUGCCACAUGACUCAUUGCUAUUAUGGUAACGUCCUUUCUUUUCGUUCAAAGGAAAAAAUUCAAAACUGUAUUGUGUUUUGUGAUUAAAAUAAAAUAAGAA